AUGGAUAAGAUUCUGAUCUUUGUGCAAUUGUCUCUAUUUGAUGAUUUUCCCACUUGGUGUGUUCAUUAUCUGCCGAACAGAAAUGAAAUGAGUGAUUUAUUUUAGAUUUCUUUGCUUCUUCUGCCAUGUUAGAAGAAAGCAACAAACGUCAAUUUCAUGGCUGGUAGUUUGACACAAAAUGGAUCACAGCAAGCAUACAUGUAUAUGUAUGUAUAUAGCAAUAGCAUCAGAUUUCUACAUCAUUUUCUUUGGAAAAGAUCAGAAAGGAUUGCGGCCAUAGAUCGUGGCUGCUCUUGGUAGCAAUAAUUUAGCGUUUGUAGACCCAACUUCGAGCGACUAUUUCACACAUAUGGGAGAGCCCACACGUGCAUGAGUAGCAUUGAUCUCCCAGGACUAAUUUGUAACAUGUAAUCACAUGUGCAUAGGCCCAUGAUGAUGACAUGCAACGUUAUAUCCGUCAGGCUUACUUGCUGUAGUAUAGCAUGAGCUCUACGUUCUCUCUUUACAGCCCAACCAAUCACUCCACUAUCGACGGUCCAGGUAAUUCCACGAGUCACCAACCCACCUUCACCUUCAGGGAUAAGGAAUUCUAUCUUCUCUUCCCUCCUCUUUGAUCUCUCCUAUAUCUUCAUUUUUUUGCACUAUAAAGUUCUUUGGAGAGGCAAGACAAUUAAUGCUUCUUCUAUAAAUAUCAGAUUAAUUGUUUAGCAAAGUUGAAAGAAUCUGCCAAUCUUGGUAGCUCAAGUAAAAGAGAAAAUUGAAUGAAUCUCCACCCCUUAUUUUUCUAGCAAAGCUUUCUUGCCAUUCAAAUAAUUUUUGUUAUUAAUAUAUUGUUAGUAGGUUGGCAUAUAAAAUAGCUUAGAUUACAGAUAGGAAGGCUCAAAGCAUGCUCACUUCUCAUCACCUUCCAGGGAAUUUUCUUGCAAUUAACAAGCUCCAAUAUCAAGCUGUUUGGCUUAUCCUGCUUUUCGUCAGGUUGAUCUCUCUUCUCUCACCUCGAUCCAAAGGCUAGAAUUUGAUUGGGUUUUGACCUGAUCAAUCAUCACGUCACUCUUGCUUGCGGUAGUCAAGAGUUUGAUCUGAAGUAUACAUAGAGAUAUGGGAUUGAGUUCUAAACAUGUUUCUAGUGAUGGUCUUGGCUGGAGCCAAUCUUUGUUGCAGGCUCAAACUCUGGAGCUACCAAAAGUUUCAGCAAUGAAGAGGCAACGUCCACAAAACCAGCGGCAGCAAUUAGAGCCACUGAAGUGUCCAAGGUGUGAUUCUACAAACACAAAGUUCUGUUACUACAACAACUAUAACAAGUCACAGCCUAGGCAUUUCUGCAAGACUUGUAAAAGGCACUGGACAAAAGGUGGUACUCUCCGCAAUGUUCCUGUUGGUGGAGGCCGCAAAAACAAGCGGCUUAAGACAUCAAAUAACAACACAGCCGCCACCAACCCUGGAAAGAACACUAGCACAGCCAGUGCUGCAAUCAAUAGCUCAACCACCUCCGGUUUUAACAAUAGGCUCAAUAGCUUCACAGCAAUUCAGCAGCAGCAACAAAGGCAGGAUCUUCAGCUUCCACUUGAUGAUCAAAAGAACAUAUCGAAUAUUCAAUUUCAUGCGCUGAGUCGUCCACCAUCUUCAUUUUUGCAACAGAAUUCUAUCAAUUGCGGCAACUUGGACAGCAAAAGUUUCAGCACAAGCAAUGGCGUGUUCCUGGGUUCAACCCUGUCUUUACCUCAAACUCAUGGCUUACAAUUUCCAUUUUCAAGUUCAAGCUCAAGCUCUUUUGAUACAACGCUAUCUUCAAUGUCAACCUCAUUUCAAUCUUCGAGAAUCUAUAACUACACUGGAGAAACAAUGAAGGAUCCAACCAUUACCAGCAUCGUCAUGCGCACCACAAGUUGCACUCUUUCACAGCCAUGGCAAGUACCUAUUACAAGCAGUGGCAUGGACAUGUCAAACUACUGGAAUUGGGAUGAUAUUGAUGCACUUAUCUGUAAUGAUGUCAACAUACCAUGGGAUGAUUCUGAGAUCAAACCAUGAAGGUCUUUUAACCAUAUAUCCAUUGUCUAUAGCUCUUUUCUUGAUUUGCGUGUUCCUAUUUCACGAAGGAUGGUUCAAUUUUUUUUUCUCUCUUUAAAAUAUUUGUCGGUUUCUAGCUAUAAGAAUCCCCAUUUUCUUGUUAUUUUUGUUUCCCUUUCUUAGAUUUUUUUUACCAUGUAUAGUCUUCCUUUUCAACUUGUAACUGUUAAAAAUGAGAUGUAGACUGUUAGAAGCUGUCAUUUUUCAGAUUCAUCUUCAGGCUGAAGGUGUACAUUUUGUACUCUACCUCCUAUAUAUAAUGCAAGAAUAUGAAUGUGUAUGUUAGGUCGAGCUUGUUCCUCGUUUUAUGAAUGGAAUAAGGGGGAGAUGAGGUGGAAUAUAUCAUAUAUGGAGAGUUCAGAAAUGGGGUCUCUUCCAGCUAUGCUGGGCAAACUGGAU